AUGUAUUUGGAUAAGAGAAAAUAUAAUGAUAUGACCACCACGCCAAUAGCUAAUAAUCGUGGUCGUGUUCAACAAAAUUUCGAAUCUACUUCCAAUUUUAAUUUAAGAACUCCGUUAUCUAAUAUUUCCAAUGGUGUGGGUUAUCGGCAACAACAUAUAAUUUAUUCAGAUAAUUCUACAUGUGAUACCCGUUUUGAUGAAAAUGUUAACCAAUAUAUAGCAUAUGGAUAUCAGCACACAAGUUUCCAAUCUUCUCCCAUUGUUAAUAGCAAAAGUCCAUUAUAUAACGAUCCCAAGGUCAAAAGAAAACAAAGAAAAAUGUAUUUGGAUAAGAGAAUAUGUAAUGAUAUGACCACCACACCAAUAGCUAAUCGUGGUCGUGUUCAACAAAAUUUCAUCACUACUUCCAAUUGUAAUUUAAGAACUCCGUUAUCUAACAUAUCCAACGGAAAUGGACAAUAUUCUGUAUUAUUCGCUCAUAUGAGGUCAUUGACUUCAUCAGGAACCACUCGAGAUUCUUCCAUAAAUUUAUCGUUCGGGAAACAAACUUUAAAAAGGAAGAAUGAAAAUAUAUCUGCUAUACCCUUUCUUGACUUGACAUCAAAUGAAGACUUAAAUGAUCGUUACAUUCUUAAAGAUGUAAUUUCAGGUCUCUCAAAAGAUUACUUGGACCAUGGUGAUAAGACUCUUGUGUGUGCUAUCUGUCAUGCAAAAUUAUGGAAAGAUGAAGCCCAUCCAGGUAAUAAAUCUGGGAAGAGCACAUAUUUUUCGAUGUGUUGUGGUAAAGGCAAAGUUGAGCUUCCUGAAUUAAAAGAAGCGCCUCCAGAAUACCUAAAUCUGUAUCAUCAGCUUGAUCCCAAAUCCAAAUAUUUCAUGAAGAAUAUUCGUCGCUUCAAUUCGAUGUUUUCAUUUACUUCAAUGGGUGGAAAAAUUGACUCUUCCAUUAACAAAGGCAAUGCUCCGUACACCUUCAGACUUAGCGGUCAAAAUUAUCAUACUAUGGGAAGUUUGUUACCUUCAUAUGGAUCCAAACCAAAGUUCUCUCAACUUUACAUAUAUGAUACUGAAAACGAAAUUUCACAUAGGCAAAACACUUUCAGUAAAGAAAAAGAUGGGUAUAUAUCACCUUCUCAUUCACUUGAUAUCGAGACCAUACAGUUCUUGAAGGUUAUGUUCGAUUCAAUAAAUGAACUGUUACGUCUUAUAGGAAGAAGGCAAACAGAUGGACGAACGUAUAACCUACCUACUGCUUCUGAGGUUGCUUCCUUGAUUGUUGGUGACAUUGGUGAUUCAAUUGAUAAUAGAGAUAUCAUUGUAACAACUCAAUCAGGACGUCUACAACGUAUAAAUGAAUUACAUCCUGCAUACCUUGCUCUUCAAUACCUACUACUCUUUCCUUAUGGAGAUGAUGGAUAUAGAGUUGACAUCCCUCAUAGAGAUGUUACGCCUUCAACGGAUACCAAACGACGCAAGUGUACAAUGAGAGAGUUCUUUGCUUAUAGAAUUCAAGACAGGGUGAAUAUUUUUUCAUUAGUUUUGAAUUCAAAAAGACUUUUUCAACAAUUCCUGGUUGAUGCCUAUACGAUGAUCGAAAGUGAGCGGCUAUAUUACGUACGCAACCAGCAAAAAGUUCUUAGAUGUGAAUCUUAUGAAACUUUGCGUAGCCUAGAAAGUCAUGGAAAUAAUGAUAUUUCCAACAUCAGAAAACGUGUGAUCUUGCCUUCUUCUUUUACGGGUGGUGCACGAUACAUGAUGCAGAACUAUUUAGAUGCUAUGUCUCUUUACUUAAAGACAAAUGCAUUAUUGGGUUCGGUCCAAGCAGUUGUUUACACGGUGGAGUUUCAAAAACGCGGCUUGCCUCACGCCCAUAUAUGUCUAUUCAUGCACUCUGAUUACAAGUUGCCUACCGUUGAACAUAUUGAUCGAGUUAUUUCUGCUGAAAUUCCAAACAAAGACGAGGAUCCGGAAUUAUAUGCACUUGUCAGCGAGUUCAUGAUGCAUGGUCCUUGUGGUGGUGAUAAUCCUAAAUGCCCAUGCAUGAUUCAGAACAAGUGUUCAAAAAACUUCCCAAAACCAUUCUUAGAUCAUACUUCUGUUGAUUCUAAUGGUUAUCCUAUAUACAGGAGACGUAAUGAUGGUUCAUUUGUUGAAAAGUCGGGUGUGAAAUUAGACAACAGAACUGUCGUUCCAUAUCACAAAGUCCUUUUGAAAAGAUAUCAAGCUCACAUUAAUGUUGAAUGGUGCAAUCAGGGUGCUUCCAUCAAAUAUUUGCUUAAAUAUAUUAACAAGGGUCCUGAUAGGGCUACCAUGGCAGUUAUCCAAAGCAACAAUGCAGAUGAUACUGAAGAUGCAGUUGAUGAAAUAAAGAACUACUACGAUUACGACGAUAUCGACGAUGUCCUCGACAAAGAAUUUGUUUCUUUUUCGAUGUUCUUAGCUUGGAUGACAUGUAACGAACAUAAUAAAGACGCACAAAAACUUUCAUACGUUGAAUUUCCUUCAAAAUUUGUAUGGAAAUUGAAAGAUCAUUGCUGGAUGCCAAGAAAAAUAGGAAAAUCGAUCGGUAGAAUUCAUGCAGUUUCACCUAAUCUCGGUGAAGCGUAUUUUUUAAGAAUUCUUUUAAAUAAAGUCAAAGGUCCGAAAUCGUUUGAAGAUAUCCGCACGGUAAAUGGUCACGAAUAUGCUACUUUUAGAGAGGCAUGUUAUGCUCUUGGACUUUUAGAAGAUGAUAGAGAAUACAUUGAUGCCAUCGAGGAAGCCAAUCAUUCAGGGUCUGGUUAUUAUUUACGAUCUCUAUUUGCAAUUAUGCUAAAGCCGAAUAGUUUGUCUAACCCGUCCUGUGUUUGGGAAAAUACAUGGAAAUAUUUAUCGGAUGGAAUUCUAUACAAUCAACAGAAGCGAUUAAAUUCUCCAGGUUUAUCGCUUAAUGAGGAUCAACAUAAGAACUUGACCCUUUAUGAGAUUGAAAAAGUUUUACUCCAGAACAAGUUAAGCCUCAAAGAUUAUAAUGGGAUGCCUUACCCAGAUCAUGAAUCUAUAUCUUCUUCAAACAAUCGUUUGAUAACCGAGGAGCUAGAUUUUGACAGGACCGUUCUACACAACGAGUUGAUUCAUCUGUUGGAUUCAUUAACAAUUGAACAAACAGGUGUUUUUGACGAAAUCAUGAAACAUGUUCAACAAAAAAAAGGAGGCGUGUUUUUUGUAUAUGGCUAUGGUGGUACUGGGAAAACUUUUCUUUGGAAGACAUUAUCUGCAGCCUUAAGAUCUGAAGGUGAAAUGGUUUUAAAUAUUGCUUCAAGUGGUAUUGCUUCGUUAUUACUUACCGGAGGUAGAACGGCACACUCUCACAUUAUAAUUCCUAUAAAUCUUACUGAGGAUUCUUUUUGUUCGUUCGCGCCGGAUAGUGAUGUUGCCGAUUUGUUAAGACAAGCAUCAUUGAUUAUAUGGGAUGAGGCACCAAUGAUUCAUAAACAUGCAUUUGAAGCAUUGGAUCGAUCUUUGAAGGAUAUAUUGAGUUGUGAUCUUCGCAGCAACUUAAAAUUGCCAUUUGGAGGAAAAUCAAUUGUUUUUGGAGGCGAUUUUAGGCAGAUUCUACCUGUUGUUCCAAACGGAAGCAGGAAAGACAUUGUGAAUGCUUCAUUAAGUUCCUCCUACAUUUGGCCAGAUUGCAAAGUCUUAAGAUUAACAAAAACCAUGAGGUUGAGUGAUCAAACAAAUGAUAUUGAGGAAACAAAGGCCUUUGCAAACUGGAUUUUGGAUAUAGGAGAAGGAAAUGUGGGUGGUUUCAAUGAUGGUGAGGAAAUUAUUGAUAUACUUGAUGAUCUUCUCAUUAUUGAUUCAUCUGAUCCAAUCGGUUCAUUAAUUGCAUUUGUCUAUCCUUCUAUUAUUGAAAAUGCCAAUCAUCCCAAGUUUUUUCAAGGAAGAGCAAUCCUUGCACCGAAAAACGAAGUUGUUCAGGAAAUAAAUGAUCGUCUGUUAUCACUAUUUCCAGGUGAUGAAAAAGAAUACUUGAGUUCAGACAGUCUUUGUUAUUCAGAUUUUGUUCAUAAUGACAUUGAUGAAAGCUUGUAUUCGCCGGAUGUUCUAAAUGGUCUUAAACCGUCAGGUUUGCCGAUCCAUAAGUUGGUAUUAAAAGUUGGUGUUCCAGUUAUGUUACUGAGGAAUAUUGAUCCAAAAAGUGGUUUGUGUAAUGGAAUGAGACUACGAGUUAUAACAUUGGGUAACCGUGUUAUAGAAGCAGAGAUAAUUCCCGGAAGUAAUAUAGGAAACCGUACUUUUAUUCCAAGAAUGACCUUAACUCCUUCAGAAAAAAGAAUUCCUCUCACGUUUCAAAGAAGACAAUUUCCAUUGGCUGUAUGUUUUGCAAUGACAAUAAACAAGAGUCAAGGACAAUCACUAUCGAAAGUAGGUUUAUUUUUGAGACAACCAGUGUUCACUCAUGGACAGUUGUAUGUUGCAUUGUCGAGAGUUAAAAGCAAAGAUGGAUUAAAAAUAUUAGUUUUAGAUAGUGAUGGCAACCUUAGCAAUAAAACGUCUAAUGUUGUAUUCAAAGAAGUAUUUGGAAAUUUAUUCAAUUAUUGA